AAACUUGGUCAACAAGCCGCCAGUGAAGCAGCUUUCAGCUUCAGCCCGGGACUUCUUCUUCCUCACUUUGGACCGCGGAUUAUCUCUUCAUCUUUACACAACUCGUGCUGCCGGCGGACGCGGAGCUGCUGCGAGAUGCCGCUUCUCCACAGACGAGCCUUCAUCCGGCAGAGACCUCCGGCGGACCUGCGGCCGGACGAGGAGGUCUUCCUCUGCAAGAUCACACACGAGAUCUUCAGGAGCUACGAUGAGUUCUUCGAGCGGACCAUCCUGUGCAACAGUCUGGUGUGGAGCUGUGCUCUGACGGGCAGGGCGGGCCUCACCUACCUGGAGGCAGUGGAGAGUGAGCGGCGGGCGAAGCAGAGCCUGCAGAGCUUCCCUCCGUCUUUGCUGGUCCCUCUGCUCCACCUGGCUGCUCUGAGCCGCCGCUGCAGACUGUCAGAGGUCUGUGAGGAUGUCUACGCCUUCGUCAAAGACCGCUUCUUCCCUGGAGAGACGGUGGAGGUCACAGGACGCAAUGGAGCCAG